CACUAGUGCGGGUGGGUGGUGCUGGUGAAUUUUCUUGACUUGAAAGGCUGCUGGUGGGCCAAGUUUUUCCGCUCCAGGACCUCCCAUACUCUGGUUUUUCCGGCACAACAACAACCGCCAUCAGGAGAUAGAUGUAAACAAAAAUCAAAGAGCUGUGAGCACACCAGUUUUUUGUGCUCUUCGGAGAUUUCUUUCAAAAGUGAGUCCGCAAAAGUGUGAAUUUUCGUGACGUGCCCCGUGCCUGUAUUAAGUCAUCACCAGUCGUCAUCGAAAAAUCUUGUAAGUCGUAUCGGCCCGUGAUUUUCACUACAUUGAAGAAAAAACAGCACAAAAAAUUCCCUUUUGUUUUCAAACGCACAUCAUCCAUAACACUUCAUUCCAAAAUCUUUGAAGCUGUGGCAAUUUCUUCCCCCGGGUCACAUCAGGGCGUAUUAUUGAACGGUGUUUUCCGUGACGGCCGCAAUCACGAUCCCGAAAUCGCGUACAAAACAGUGAGCACUUCUCGCGCGUUGGUGUAGAAAUUUCGUGGUUUCGAUUACCUUACUUGCUGACCAUUUGGAACUAACAGCCGUGACGACAUCGAAUCGAUUUUUCAUCAUUCAUCCUCACAGCGGAGAUUGGAUUUUUUUUCUCCUUCUGCAAGUUUGGCAUCUAUACUGGUCCCGAGUGAGAAUUUGUAUUCCUAUUGUUCAUUUGAGGAUUCAUUGGACCAGUUUCGAGGGUCACCUAGGAAGGAAUUAUUAAAAAAAAUUCAGUGAAAAAGGCAUAAGAAAGCACCAGACAGAAGCCGCAGAAUCAAGGAAGGAAAGCUCAAAACCCACUCACAGAAAAAGGAUAACUAAAGGAUCGAAGAAAAGCAUCUACACCUCUACAACACACUAACAUCAUACUUCUGCAGCGCCGUCGUGGCAACACAAUAGCUUCCACAAUCAUCGGCAGUCGCUGCUAGCCAUUCGGUGGCACCGGAACGCUUUCCUUUCAGUAACAGCAGCAUAAGGUUUAAGGUCGCAAGUGCAGGUGGUGAGUCCACCAACGGGGCGGCACACACAGGAACCCAGAACCGAGGGCUUCGUCAACGGCUUCAAAAUAGGUCAACUGAACAGCAACUCCCGUUUCAGCGUAAAUUCUUUCCCAAAUAUGAACGACGGUGGUGAAAUUGUGGUCAAAAAGGUGCUGGGGCACAUACCGAAAAGCAGCACGAUAAAGCCACGACCGAAACCGGAUUCGAGUAUACAAUAUCGGAUAACGCGGGAGGAUCUGUCCGGGGGGCCGGUUAAUUUGGACGAAAUCGAGCCGGGUCUGUGGCUGGGUAAUGCUACCGCGGCAGCCGAUUUGCCAACGUUGGAAAAACUUGCGAUUCGAAGCGUGCUCACGAUCGAUUCCUGUCCACUGCCAGCCCAUGUGACCGAAAACCCCACGCUGCGGACAAAAUAUAUCCAAGCUUCCGAUGUGCCAAGGGAAGAUUUAAUAAAACACUUUGAAGAUACCAACAAAUUCAUCAAGGAGAGCCUGGCUGAGGAACGGAACAUUUUAGUACAUUGCUAUUUCGGUGUCAGUCGAAGUGCGACGAUCGUUAUUGCCUAUCUGAUGGAGAAGUAUCGGAUCGGUUUUGAUGCCGCAUUGCAUCGUGUCAAAUCGAAAAGGCGAUUCGUAAUGCCCAAUCCGGGUUUCAUCAACCAGCUCAAACUAUACAGUAUCAUGGGUUUCCGUAUCGAUCCCACGAACGAGCGUUACAAGCUGCACCGUCUGAAGUUAGCCGCCGACAACGUGCGAAAAGCAAAACGCCUGCCAGUGAACUGCAUGGACGUGGUAAAGCCAGAUCCGGCUGUAACGCAGGAAACACCGGAACCGAUCGUGUACCGGUGCCGCAAGUGUCGCCGGGUGGUGGCUUCGAAAAGCACACUGCUGGCCCAUAAGCCUAGGCCCCCGGGACAAUCUCCGGCCCGAAGGCCUAUGCUGGGCGACAUGCCUUACGCCGCUAGCAUAGACAAUGCCGACGAAAGUGACACUGGUGAGGAGGGUGGCAAGGAAGAGGGAGAAGAUGAGAAGGAAGAAGGAGAUGGAAAAGCAGAAUCGGGAGAUCAAAAACCGGAAGAAGCUCAAGGACCGGAUGAAUCAUCUGGCAAAAAAGAUGAAGAGGUUCUCGUAGAAGGUGCAGCAGGUGGCAGCGAUUCGAAUGCGGAAGAAAUACAGGCCGCAUCAGAAUCGGAAGUGAAUUCUGCUGCCGUUGGACCGAUACCGGUGAAGGAAUGUUCGGUACCGAAUUUGGCAGAGCAGUUGAGGAGAAGUUCAAUCGGCAGUGACCAAAGCAAUCGAUCAUCAGAAAAGGACGGGCUCUGUAGACAGAUUUACUUCACGGAACCACUCGCUUGGAUGACCGAUAUUUUCCACAAUACCCAGGGUCGGUUGUACUGUCCCAAAUGCACGGCCAAGCUGGGCAGCUUUAAUUGGGUCAUGGCUACCAAGUGUCCGUGUGGAUCGGAGAUCUACCCAGCAUUCUAUUUGGUGCCAUCGAAAAUCGAAUACUCAACAGUUGUGCAGAAUGUUCAGGUAACGGUUUAGAAGAUUUUUCAAAAAAGCCAAUAUAAAUAUGCUUUACACAAAACGAUAAGUAAAAUCAUGUAAAUCAAGGUCAUGCGAAACGAGCUAAUUAGCAGGACUUCCCCUUAUUGCAUUUAGCACUUUUCGAGAUCAUGGCUGUCAAAAGUUUUGUACUGAAAGAUCAAACUUAGAAGUUUUUCUCUUCAGCGAUGACGUACACGCGAUCUUUUUAGAACAAAUCAAGAAAAAAAUCGUGACUGGACAGGUAAACUAGUGAGAAAUUUAAGAUGUAGAUUUACUAUUGAAAAAGCAAACAACCGUAAUCGCGUUCAAGUAAUGUGUAGUAGGUUUUUACAACUUUUACUAAAUAAUUAUCGGUGUAAGUGAAAGUAAGGUCAACUGAUAUUACAAUAUAGAAAUAUUGCAACUGUUUUCAGGACAACCUUUGUCACAUUUUCUUCACCAACUUAUCUGAAAAGAUAGGUUCUUCAAGUAGAUUUUUCCCUUUUCAUUUGUUUUUAUCAGAAUAUUUUCCCCCGGGGUCUUUCGACACUAUUCUUGAAGACAACUCGUUUUGCAUUUUCCGUCAAAUUUCAGAGUCAAAAAAAAUUAUAGUUUGAUUCAAAUGAGGUAAAAAAUAAAUUUUUAAACAUAAUUCAGUUAAAAUUUCAGAAUCAAAAUUCAAUAUUAGAAUCAAAAUUUUUCACGUUUGUAUCAUUAUUUUGAUUAAAAAAAAUAAAAAAAAAAAUGUUCAGAGCCCAAAUGCAAAGCUAGUUGUUGGCAUUUCUCUGAGUUUAGAAUCUAAAGAAACCCGAAAAUGCCCUUCCUACCCCAACCGAGACCAUAUGAAGACAACUAAAACAUAUUUAAACCACCUACCUUUAUUAUAUCUAUACAUUUAUAAUGAAAAAAAAAUGAACAUAGCCUUUAAGCGUCCAAGACACACAAGCACAACUCAGAGCCAGGCUUGAUAUAAAGCCAGGCCAUACAAAAUUUAAAAAAAAGCAUAACUCAAAGCGGCAACCAACAAGUAAUAUUGAGAAACAAUAAUCUAUUUACAUUUGUCUUCUAUAAAAAUGGAAAGAAAUGAAAAAACAACAAAAUGCAAAUUUAAAAAAAAUGAACGUAGAGAUUAAAGUUUUGCGAAAAAAGAUUACAAACUGUCAUUUAUCGUAGUUUCAUAUACCAUUUGCUGAAAAUAAAUAACUAGAGGAAAAACAACCACAAAUAAAGUAAUAUAAAAAAAACAUGCGGAAAAUACGUCGUAAAUUAUUUUUAAAAUAAUAAUCAAUGGCUUAGCGUACGAAAAGAAAAAAAUAAGAAUUGUUACUUGCUGUAAAACUGAACAAAGAAAAUCAAAACAAAAACGGAAGAAAUUUGCUUAAACUUGCCUAAAUUGUUAAAACAAAACAAAAACACAUGUUCUUUAAUAAUGAUGAGUGACUAAAACAAAACGAUGCCUGAUAUUCUGUGAGCUAAGCCGAAACACGGAGCAAAACCAUUCACACACGUACAGACAGACCGAUACAAUUCUUCCAUUAGCUCUGAGAACAUUUUUAAGGUUUUGCUGCGCUUUAUAGAGUUUGUUUUUUCAACUGUUUACCUAUGCUUUGGUACGAUAGGCGAAAUAUUUGGCGCGGUCCGAAAUAUCUGAAUCUGAUUGUUUUCUAUUUUAUAAAGAUCGAGCGUGCAUUCUUGUUUUCGUUCGUCUCAUAUAAUCAAAAUCGCCAUAGUGAAAAGAAAUGUUCAUGAAAACACACUUGUUAAACGCUGAAACAAAUUAAAAU